CUUUUUUUUUUUUGUCGCGCGAGAUUUGGUUUGUGAGGUUCGACAAGUAGCAGUCACCAUCUCUGCUUGCUGAAAAGCUUCAGAGGUCGCCGGUAACCCACGCUUCCUCUACCUUGCUGAAUGACUUUCUGGAUUCACUAAGAAGAGUCAUUGGAGAGAGGGGCAGUGCACUGGCUGCAUAGUCUUUUUGUCGGAUGCUGUUGCAGUACCCUAAGACUUAAGGCAAACUGCAGAUACGGAGUUGGAAUGGAAGUUGUUCUUAAGGUCUAUGACACCUGAGUCUUUUACCUUUACCCAAGAAAAGAAUAAAAGAGGUCAGACGAUGACAACUGUGUCCUCAACAGCCAGGCCCCAGGAAUCAGUGGCUUUUGAUGACGUGGCUGUGUACUUCACUAAGAAGGAAUGGGCCAUCAUGGUGCCUGACCAGAGGGCCUUAUACAGGGAUGUGAUGCUGGAGAACUAUGAGGCUGUGGCCUUUGUAGCAGUGCCACCCACUUCCAAACCAGCUUUGGUCUCUCAUCUGGAGCAAGGGAAAGAGCCCUGUUUCACCCAGCCACAGGGAGUCCUAAGCAGGAGCAACUGGAGAGCAGGCUUUAUAGGAUACUCGGAACUGAGAAGAUAUACUUACUUAGCUAAAGCAAUGUUAUGUGUAAUAAAAUCAAAAAUUCUUCAAAAUCAUCGAUGCUGGGAAGACAGGAGAAAGGCUUAAUUCUUGCCAUUUAAAUACCAGUUUUCUAAGUCAGGAGUUGAUGUAAGAGCCCUCUUAAAUGAUGUCAAAUGCACGUUUUCUUUUUCUGUAGACUAGUUUCUGUAGAUUUAAUGUUUUUCAUUCAUUAAAAUAAUUCAUUUUGAUGUACAAA